GCCAUGCUUGUGUGUUGACGGGGGAGUUCUUCCAGUUAGAAUUUGGUUGCAGGGAAGUUGGAAGAGGAGGGAGCAUGGGUCAAUGGUGUCUGGAAUUUGGGGUGUUCUGGUGAGGUUGGGGUGGGGUCAUGUCCCUGUGGCUGGCCAGGGUAGUGGCACUGAAGGGCCAGGUUGGUAGGAUUCUAGAAGGCCAUCUCCCCGAAGGAGAUGGAACCCCAGGUUGGAGGGUUUGGAUGUGAUUCAGAAUGGAGGCAGUGAGGCAAAAAGGGAAGGGAAAGGGAGGCCGGGCAGGAAGCCCGGUUGGGGUUUCGCUCUUAUAGACUUGACUCCAGAGCAUGGCUCUCCCUUCACUGCCAUGGUUCUUUCUGGAGGAGAGGGUGUCACACCGAGUGCGGCUGUGCCCAGGCGGGCUCUGUGGGCAUUUGCGGGUGAGUGGAUGGCAAGCGAGGGGAGGCCGUGAGGAGUGGAACGCUUCGUCCUGACCUCGCAGCUCUCUCCAGACCCCCAUGCACUACGCUUCUCUAUUACAGCGAGACCACCACGCCUCCGCCUCUUUCCGAAGCCUGAGGUCAGCCAGGCUCCUCCUGCCGCCCACCCCGCACAGAUGUAGGCUUCAGUCCUCUUUGAGUCCUGGUUUAUUGCAGUAUCCUCCUAGAAGCCUUCCUUAGGAAGCCGCAGGAAUCUCUCAAACACAGCCUCAUCAGCCCUGCUUAACUCCUUUGGUGGGUUGACAGGGUUAAUUUCAAACACCUUAGCAGGGUUUAGGCUGAACGGCCCCCUCAUUGCCUUCCUACCCGCUGUCCCUGUGUACACGUCAUGCUGCAAGGACCUGUGUUACCCAGGCACACAAUAGGUGUCUAAGCCCUGGGUCAAGCCGGUGCCUUGUAUACCUUCUGCCUGGAAUGCCCCUUCUUUUCAGCCAGCAAACCUGUAAUCAUCUUUGACGACUGAUCCUUCCAUGAGGCCUGCUGAGACUGGCCUGGUAGAAUUUUCCAUUCCCUUCUGUGUUUCCCUCCAGGCCUUCUUACCUGCAUCUCUUCUACUUAACAUUGUUACCUGCUGACCUGCACUUCCUGUGUCUCUGUGAGGUUCUUCAGGACAGGAGCUGUGUCUAUUUCAGUUUCACCCUUAGCUCCAGGCGGGAAUUAAAUAUUUCUGCCAAGGAUCCAAUUUGGAUUAUGUAAGCAUUUACCUUAGUUUAAGGCAAAAUCAGGAUUCUAGAAGAGGAAAGUUCUUUGCUUCUCACAGGACAGGCAUAGAACAGGCCAGAAGCUGUCAAUGUGUGGCUUGGGGCAGACCUGGCUCCCUGUCCUUGAGUCCCUAGACCCUGAAGGCCCCAGCUGCGUGUGCUCUUGGAUCCGGGGGUGGCCUGGGUGGUGGUGGAGCAGGAUCUCCAGCAGCCUAGGAUCACUGGCAGAGUCAACGGCCGCUCCUUUACAGAUCCGCUCUCCUGUAAGAAGCUGUUCUGGGCUCAGGGAGGAAUAAGGGGAAGAGGUGAGAUGGGUGAGCUUCCUUGCUACAUUUGGCAACUCAGUCCCUGGAGGAGACAUAGACACUGACACACUGUCUGUGGCCUCAGGGAGAACAAACCCAGAGCCCAAUGAAGGUACAGUAUGAGCAAAGGGCUGGGGCGGGGAGAGGGCAGAAGGAGGAGCAGUUGAUUUUGGCUUAAAUGUAAACUGAAGAGGGACCAGACACGGGCGGCAGAGCGGUGGAGAGGCAGUGUGCUCACCAAGGAAGAACAGACGCGCACACCUCGUCCUUUGAUGCUCAUAGGAAAAGCUCUCCUCUGGCCCUUCUGGCUUUGUUUGGAGCAGAAAACAACCAAGUGAGUUCAGAAGACUCCAUCCUCUUGAAGAUGGGAAAUUCUUACGCUGGACAGCUGAAGACGACACGCUUUGAAGAGGUCCUGCACAAUUCCAUCGAGGCAUCCCUGCGGUCCAACAAUCUGGUGCCCAGGCCCAUCUUCUCCCAGCUGUACUUGGAAGCUGAGCAGCAACUUGCCGCACUAGAAGGUGGUAGCCGAGUGGACAACGAGGAAGAGGAAGAAGAGGGAGAAGGAGGGCUGGAACCAAACAGCCUCCCAAACCCUUUCCAGCUGCACCCUCCGCCUGAAGGAUGCUGCACAACAGACGGGUUCUGCCAGGCCGGGAAGGACCUGCGCCUCGUCUCCAUUUCCAACGAGCCCAUUGACGUCCCUGCGGGCUUUCUCCUCGUGGGGGCCAAGUCCCCCAGCCUGCCGGACCAUCUCCUGGUGUGUGCCGUUGAUAAGAGGUUCUUGCCAGAUGACAACGGCCACAAUGCUCUUCUUGGUUUCUCUGGGAAUUGUGUUGGCUGUGGAAAGAAAGGCUUCUGUUACUUCACUGAAUUCUCCAAUCAUAUAAAUCUGAAACUGACCACUCAACCCAAGAAGCAGAAACACUUGAAGUAUUACCUGGUCCGUAAUGCGCAAGGGACUCUAACCAAAGGAUCUUUAAUCUGUUGGAAAGGCUCAGAGUUCAGAAGCCGGCAGAUCCCCGCCAGUACUUGUUCCGGUUCCCUCUUCCCGGCUCUGGAGAGCGCAGGGCCUCUGGCUUCCUUCCCCAGCGAGCCCACUCCGGGAACGAACCCUGGCAUCCUGAUGGGAGCGCAGCAGGCAGGACCAGCUUCUGAUCACCCCUCACUAAGUGCAGCAAUGGGUCCGGCUGUUUUCAACGGCAAAGAUUCCCCGAAGUGCCAACAGCUGGCAAAGAAUAACCUGUUGACCCUGCCGCGUCCGUCGGCUUUAGGUAUCUUGUCAAACUCCGGGCCCCCCAAAAAACGCCACAAAGGGUGGUCUCCAGAAUCUCCAUCAGCUCCAGAUGGUGGCUACCCACAAGGUGGUGGGAACAGAGCUAAGUAUGAGAGCGCAGGCAUGUCCUGCAUGCCCCAGGUUGGCUUGGUGGGAGCAGCUUCAGUCACCUUUCCAGUGGUGACCUCUGGAGAACCUGUGUCUGUUCCUGACAACUUGCUGAAAAUAUGCAAGGCCAAGCCAGUGAUAUUUAAAGGCCACGGGAACUUCCCUUACCUCUGUGGGAACCUGAAUGAUGUCGUGGUCAGCCCUCUCCUAUACACGUGCUACCAGAAUUCCCAGUCCAUCUCGCGAGCAUACGAGCAGUACGGUGCCUCCACCAUCCAGCCCAUCUCCGAGGAGAUGCAGCUCCUACUGACCGUCUACUACCUGGUCCAGCUGGCCGCGGACCAGGUGCCGUUGAUGGAGGACCUGGAGCAGAUCUUCCUGCGCUCCUGGCGCGAGUCGCACCUGACCGAGAUCCGGCAGUACCAGCAGGCGCCGCCGCAGCCCUUCCCGCCCGCGCCCGGCCCCGCGGCGCCCGUGACCUCCGCGCAGCUGCCCUGGCUGGCCAGCCUGGCCGCCAGCUCCUGCAACGACAGCGUGCACGUCAUCGAGUGUGCCUACUCCCUGGCCGAGGGCCUCUCCGAGAUGUUCCGGCUGCUGGUCGAGGGCAAGCUCGCCAAGACCAACUACGUGGUCAUCAUCUGCGCCUGCCGCAGCGCGGCCAUCGACUCCUGCAUCGCCGUCACUGGAAAAUACCAAGCCCGGAUUCUUUCUGAGAGCCUUCUCACCCCAGCAGAGUACCAGAAGGAAGUCAAUUACGAGCUGGUUACGGGGAAGGUGGACUCGCUGGGGGCCUUCUUUAGCACCCUCUGUCCAGAGGGUGACAUUGACAUUUUGCUGGACAAAUUUCACCAGGAAAAUCAAGGCCAUAUUUCUUCCUCACUCACUGCCUCUUCUGUCACUAAAGCAGCAUCCCUGGAGGUCAGCGGGACACCGGUGUGCACAAGUUACCACCUGGAGCCACACAGCAUCCGGCCCUUCCAGUUGGCAGUGGCACAGAAGCUCCUCUCCCACGUGUGUUCCAUUGCGGAUUCCAGUACCCAAAAUCUGGACUUGGGAUCCUUUGAGAAGGUGGACUUUCUAAUUUGCAUUCCACCCUCAGAAGUGACCUACCAGCAGACUCUGUUCCACGUGUGGCACUCAGGAGUUUUACUGGAGCUUGGCCUGGAAAAAGAGCACGUGACCAAGCAGAGGGUGGAACAGUAUGUUCUGAAGCUAGACGCGGAGGCACAGACAAAAUUUAAGGCUUUUCUGCAAAACUCCUUCCAGAACCCGCAUACACUUUUUGUCCUGAUCCACGACCACGCGCACUGGGAUCUUGUGAGUAGCGCUGUUCAUAACCUCUAUUCUCAAAGUGACCCUUCGGUGGGAUUGGUGGACCGAUUGCUCAACUGCAGGGAGGUGAAGGAGGCCCCCAACAUUGUGACCCUUCACGUGACCUCCUUCCCAUAUGCACUGCAGACACAGCACACGCUCAUCAGCCCCUACAACGAGAUCCACUGGCCGACCUCCUGCAGCAACGGAGUGGAGUUAUAUCAUGAAAAUAAGAAGUACUUUGGGCUGUCUGAGUUUAUUGAAUCUACCCUUUCUGGACACAGCCUUCCCUUGCUCAGAUAUGAUAGCUCCUUCGAGGCCAUGGUCACUGCAUUAGGAAAAAGGUUCCCCCGCCUGCACAGCGCGGUGAUCAGGACCUUUGUUCUUGUGCAGCACUACGCGGCCGCCUUGAUGGCCGUGAGCGGCCUCCCGCAGAUGAAGAACUACACGUCGGUGGAGACGCUGGAGAUCACGCAGAACCUCCUCAACUCCCCGAAGCAGUGCCCCUGUGGCCACGGGCUCAUGGUCCUGCUGCGGGUGCCCUGUUCACCCCUGGCGGCCGUGGCCUAUGAGCGGCUGGCCCAUGUACGGGCCCGGCUGGCGCUGGAGGAGCAUUUCGAGAUCAUCCUGGGCAGCCCCAGCUCGGGCGUCACCGUGGGGAAGCACUUUGUGAAGCAGCUCAGGACGUGGCAGAACAUCGAGGAUGUGGAGUGGAAACCCCAGACUUACUUGGAGCUGGAGGGUCUGCCUUGCAUCCUGAUCUUCAGUGGGAUGGACCCGCACGGGGAGUCCUUGCCAAGGUCUUUGAGGUACUGUGACCUGCGAUUGAUAAACUCCUCCUGCUUGGUGAGAACAGCCUUGGAGCAGGAGCUGGGCCUGGCUGCCUACUUUGUGAGCAACGAGGUUCUCUUGGAGAAGGGGGCUAGGAACGAGGCCUUGGAGAGUGAUGCAGAGAAGCUGAGCAGCACAGACAACGAGGAUGAGGAGCUGGGGACAGAAGGCUCCACCUCGGAGAAAAGAAGCCCCGUGAAAAGGGAGAGGUCCUGCUCCCAUGACUCAGCAUCCUCGUCCCUCUCCUCUAAGGCGUCCGGCUCAGCGCUGGGUGGUGAGUCCUUGGCCCAGCCCACGAGGCUCCCCCAGGGAGAGCGUGCCAGGUCGCCCCAGCCCUGCAGCCCCUCGGAGGAGGGCAGAGCCCCUGAUGAGAAACAGAGGCCCCAGGCCAGUCAGGGGCCACCGUUGGCCAUCAGCAGGCACAGUCCCGGGCUGACCCCCCAGCCUGACUGCAGCCUCAGGACCAGCCAGAGGAGCGUCCAGGUGUCCGUCACCUCACCGUGCUCCCAGCUGUCCUCCUCCUCCUUGGGCUCGUCCUCCUCGCCUGUGGCGCCUGCCACCGGCACGUUGGUCCUGCAGGCCUCCCAGUGCUCCCUGACCAAGGCCUGCCGCCAGCCGCCCGUCGUCUUCUUGCCCAAGCUUGUGUAUGACAUGGUCAUGUCCACCGACAGCAGCGGCCUGCCAAAGGCCGCCUCCCUCCUGCCCUCCCCCUCUGUCAUGUGGGCCAGCUCCUUCCGCCCGCUGCUCAGCAAGACCAUGACAUCCACCGAGCAGUCCCUCUACUACCGGCAGUGGACGGUGCCCCGGCCCAGCCACAUGGACUACGGCAACAGGGCUGAGGGUCGCGUGGAUGGCUUCCACCCCCGCAGGCUGCUGCUUAGCGGCCCCCCUCAGAUCGGGAAGACAGGUGCCUACCUGCAGUUCCUCAGUGUCCUGUCCAGGAUGCUUGUUCGGCUCACAGAAGUGGACAUCUAUGAUGAGGAGGAGAUCAAUAUCAACCUCAGAGAAGAAUCCGACUGGCAUUAUCUCCAGCUCAGUGACCCCUGGCCAGACCUGGAGCUGUUCAAGAAGUUGUCCUUUGACUACAUCAUUCACGACCCGAAGUAUGAAGAUGCCAGCCUGAUUUGUUCGCACCAUCAGAGUAUUAAGAGUGAAGACAGAGGGAUGUCCCGGAAGCCAGAGGACUUUUACGUGCGGCGUCAGACGGCACGGAUGAGACUGUCCAAGUACGCAGCCUACAACACAUACCACCACUGUGAGCAGUGCCACCAGUACAUGGGCUUCCACCCCCGCUACCAGCUGUAUGAGUCCACCCUGCACGCCUUUGCCUUCUCUUACUCCAUGCUAGGAGAGGAGAUCCAGCUGCACUUCAUCAUCCCCAAGUCCAAGGAGCACCACUUUGUCUUCAGCCAACCUGGAGGCCAGCUGGAGAGCAUGCGACUGCCCCUCGUGACAGACAAGAGCCAUGAAUAUAUAAAAAGUCCGACAUUCACUCCAACCACUGGCCGUCACGAACACGGGCUCUUUAAUCUGUACCAUGCAAUGGAUGGUGCCAGCCAUUUGCACGUGCUGGUCGUCAAGGAGUACGAGAUGGCGAUUUAUAAGAAGUACUGGCCCAACCACAUCAUGCUGGUGCUCCCCAGCAUCUUCAACAGCGCUGGAGUUGGAGCCGCCCAUUUCCUCAUCAAGGAGCUGUCCUACCACAACCUGGAGCUUGAGCGGAACCGGCAGGAGGAGCUGGGGAUCAAGCCGCAGGACAUCUGGCCUUUCAUCGUGAUCUCUGAUGACUCCUGCGUGAUGUGGAAUGUGGUGGAUGUCGACUGUGCCGGGGAGAGAAGCAGGGAGUUCUCCUGGUCAGAAAGGAACGUGUCUUUGAAGCACAUCAUGCAGCACAUUGAGGCGUCCCCGAACAUCACGCACUAUGCCCUGCUGGGGCUGCGGAAGUGGUCCAGCAAGACCCGGGCCAGCGAGGUACGGGAGCCCUUCGCCCGCUGCCACGUGCACGACUUCAUUAUUCUCAAUGUGGACCUGACCCAGAACGUGCAGUACAACCAGAACCGGUUCAUGUGUGACGAUGUAGACUUCAACCUGCGCGUGCACAGCGCCGGCCUCCUGCUCUGCCGGUUCAACCGCUUCAGCGUGAUGAAGAAGCAGAUCGCGGUGGGUGGGCACAGGUCCUUCCACAUCACGUCCAAGGUGUCCGAUAACUCCGCAGCGGUCGUGCCGGCCCAGUACAUCUGCGCCCCGGACAGCAAGCACACGUUCCUCGCGGCACCCGCCCAGCUCCUGCUGGAGAAAUUCCUGCAGCACCACAGCCACCGCUUCUUCCCGCUCUCCCUGAAGAACCGUGACCACCCCGUGCUGUCCGUCGACUGCUACCUUAACCUGGGAUCUCAGAUUUCUGUUUGCUAUGUGAGCUCCAGGCCCCACUCUUUAAACAUCAGCUGCUCCGACUUGCUGUUCAGCGGACUGCUGCUGUACCUCUGUGACUCUUUCGUGGGAGCUAGCUUCUUGAAAAAGUUUCAUUUUCUGAAAGGUGCGACCUUGUGUGUCAUCUGUCAGGACCGGAGCUCCCUGCGCCAGACGGUCGUCCGCCUGGAGCUUGAGGACGAGUGGCAGUUCCGGCUGCGUGACGAGUUCCAGACGGCCAAUGCCAGGGAAGACCGGCCGCUCUUUUUUCUGACCGGGCGACACAUCUGAGGAAGACAGCGGCGAGUCUUCUGGAAGAGAUGAGUGCUCAGAGCCCUCGAGCUGUUGAGGCCAAAGGGAGGCCUGGAUCGUGGGGUGUUUGACUGGAACGGACCCCAGGGACUAUCCACGGUGCAGCCCUUCGCAGUGCACAUGGGCCCCUGAGGCUGUGGUCCUGGGAGCCAGGAGGAGGAGUCUGCAGUGGGUGGGGAUGAAAACCUGAGACUCCCCAGGUCUGGGCCAGCCCCUUGCCCUGGGCUGUUUUGAAGUCCAUUUCGCGAAGAACAAAGAUUUGCUCCCUGUCCUGCCAUUCGUUUGCUUCCAUGGACGAACCUGAUUUUUCUCUUAGUUUAAGGAAUCUUGGGUUAUUUUGUAGCAGCGCCAGUAUUUCAGUAGAUGGUAUUUCAGCCAUGUAGGUUCCCCUGUAACCUCCUACACAGCAAUAUUCCAAAGGAACAUUUUAACUGUAAAGGCUGGAGGCAAGAAAAAAUAAGUAGAUCGUAUUAAUACGAAUUAUUUAAUUGCCUAUAAGUUUGCUGUUUCAGAAGCUAGCCCAAAGGCAUCACAUUUAAUAAAAUAACAAAUGGAUUUACUUCAGAGCAAAUAUGAUCCUACUAAAAUAACAUAGGGUAAAUACCCUACCUCUUAGAAAGGGCAAAAAUGCAAAGAAGCUUUUUUUUAAAA